AUGCUGUCAGCAGCCCAGCUCCUCGACGAGUUAAUGGGCCGAGAUAGAAACUUGGCCCCUGACGAGAAGCGAUCCAACGUGCGCUGGGACGACGAGAGCGUAUGUCGAUACUAUCUGUGCGGCUUCUGCCCAGCUGAGCUCUUCACAAACACCCGCUCUGACCUGGGCCCUUGUGAGAAAAUCCAUGAUGAAAAUCUCAGGAUAACAUAUGAGAAGAGCUCUCGGUUCAUGAAGGAGGGCUAUGAGCGAGACUUCCUGCGCUAUCUGCAGUCGCUCCUGGCAGAGGUGGAACGGCGGAUCCGCAGAGGGCAUGCUCGGCUCGCGCUUUCCCAGGCUCAGCAGAAUGCAGGGCAAGGUCCUGGCCCGUCAGGAAAGAAUGAGGAGAAGGUUCAGGUCCUAACAGAGAAGAUCGAAGACCUGGUUGUACAGAUUGAAGAGCUGGGGUCGGAAGGUCGUGUGGAGGAGGCCCAGGGAAUGAUGAAGCUGGUGGAGCAGCUGAAGGAGGAGAGGGAGCUGCUCAGCUCCACCCCCUCGACCAUCGAGAGCUUCGCAGCCCAGGAGAAACAGAUGGAGGUGUGUGAGGUGUGUGGGGCCUUCCUCAUCGUGGGCGAUGCACAAUCUCGAGUGGACGACCACUUGAUGGGCAAGCAACACAUGGGCUACGCCAAAAUCAAAUCCACCGUAGAGGAGCUCAAGGAGAAACUACGGCGCCGUUCAGAAGACCCCCAAGGUGAAAGCCCAGCACUCAAGAAGGACAGAGAAGACCGUGAGCGUGAGAGGGAGGAAAGGGAGAAAAAGCGCAAAGAGGAGGAAGAGAAGGAAAAGGAGAAAGAGAAGGAACGUGAGAAAGAGAAGGAACGAGAGAGGGAGAGGGAGCGCGAGAGGGAGCGAGACAGAGAAAGAGACCGGGACAGAGAUCGAGACAGAGAGAGGGACAGGGACAGAGACAGAGACAGAGACAGGAGGGCACGUCGGAGCCACUCCAACAGCCGCCACUCCAGCCGAGCGUCAGACAGAAAACGGAGCAGAUCCCGUGAUCGCCGGAGGUCCAGAAGUCGAGACAAGGACAGAGAGAGGGAACGCAAACGCAGCAGGAGCCGGGACAGGGACAGGGAGAGGGAGAGGAGGCGAAGUCGCGAGCGCUCCGACAGGAAGCGUCGCUCCCGCAGUCGUGACAGAAGGAGGUCACGCAGCUCGGAGCGCAAAUCCCACCGCCAUCGCAGCCGCAGCAGGGACAGAGACCGGGACAGAGAGCGGUCAUCCAAAGACAAAGACCGUAAGACAACCGAGGAGAGGAGCAGCUCUAAGAAAGACAAGCACUCCGAUGGUGACGCAGCUUCCAUCAAGGCUUCGUCGGAAGCAGAACCAAUGGAGACGGAGGCGGCUGCCUCUGCCUCCUCCCCGCUGCUUAACGGCCAGCAAGAGCUCCUCCAUUCUGAAGGUGACACUCAGUCCAAUUAAAACUGAUCUGAUAGGACCUCAGAUCAGGCUCAGGGGAAGCUGGGAUUACUGGUGGAGGAAGACGUUGAAGAGCGCACCCAUCCUUAACCUGAACCUGACACUUCGCUGCUUAAAAACAAGGUGAACCACAGAUGUGUAGUGGCUUAUUUAAAAAAAAAAACAACAAAAAAGACCAUACAUGUGUAAAUGAGAAGGGGGGAGGGGGGUAACAGUAUUGAUCCUGUUCCAUUACCUGUCUAUAUUUUGGGCUGGAUGAGGGUAGUUGUGGUUCAUCUGAUGUAAUUCUUGGUCUAGAUGUCAGCCAGGCAUCACUUUAAAUACCAAACUUGGAGGAGAACUUCAUUCUGGGUUUUUUGUGUUCUUCUUUUGAGAAUCUUUACACGUCCUCCUUGUUUUCUUGACAUUUAGUAAAAAUGAAAUAAAAAUAAAAAACGUGCUUGUGGUUUGUUUUGGUUUGUCAGGUUCCGCCUCACUUCCUUACCUUUUUUUUAAAGUCAGUUGAACGCGUAUGUACAAUGUUAGUCCCGUGACAGGGCGUGUCUCUUUUCUCCUCCACUUAGAGCUCACAUUGAUUGCUCGUGUCCCCUUACUGUAAAAUAUACUGAUUAAAUUUGAUCAAAAAGAUUUUGAAGACUGAAGAUUUGUUUAAUUUUGCUCUGCUUUUAAUGUUCAUGUUGUCUCGAUGAAUAAAAAGUAAAAACUUG